AUGGACUAUUGCCAGGCGCUCUGCUACCCAUUAUUCUUCUUCUACCCUCGUCCGGAUCAUCCGAAGACGGAACCUGUUUACCGCGGACCUUUGGUACAUUGUUUACCACACGACUUGGUAAUUGAAUCACCGCCUGUACCUAACAACGACAUGUCAUUGGAUGGUCCUGCUGAAACCGGUAUCUAUCCACAAGAGGUGCUCCCGUACACGUCGCGAGACUCCAGUAGGGGUAGAUCUCGGCGGCCUAGGCAACCAAUCACUCCAGACAAUGCCGCAAAUAAGUGGGCAGAAGCGCAGAAGCUUGCAGAAAAUCUUAGAGAGAUGAAGAAAUCUGGUUUCAUGGCUGGUACUCGGUCUCAUUAUCCGAGAGGUAUGUCCGUCGAAACUGACCACGUGUAUGACAUUUCCGGUAACAAUGACGAUUACUACACAACAAAACUGGGCCACGACCACAAGUCAUUUAUGUCAGGUGGUCGCGGACCUUCAUCAAAAACAGAUAAUGAGUCCUUUGCUUCUGUUGACUCCAAUGAUGUCGUUAUUGGUAUAUCUCAGCAGUACAACCUAAGUAGACCUCCUAGUCCGUCGAGUCAUGUCUCUAAUAUUGCCGAAACUCGUCUGGAUGAUGCCUUUACCACUUCGGACAACACAGACAGCGAUUCAGACGAUGAUUCAAAGCACUCUCUAACCAUUACCGAGCCUGACAAGGAGACCGCCCACCGCAAGAUGGUAGACGGUAGUGAUACCGCCGAUGUUCUUAUUGAACGGGAGAGUCACAGUCAACUAUCUGUAAACAGAGAUGAGAAGUCGAACUCCGAGCGCUCAGUGAGCUCAAUAGCGACAUUGGAACCGGAUCCUGACUCAUUCAAAGAGGGAGCUAAGUAG